UGCUGGGCUACGACGGCUGCCCAUUAAGCAAACGCCUUGAGGGUACCACAGGUGGGGACCUUUCUAGAGUCCCUUUCCCUUCGUGGGCUGCUAUGGAUUUCCCAGAACACAGCCAGCAGCUGCUACAGAGCCUUCGAGAGCAGCGGUCCCAGGGUUUCCUUUGUGACUGCACUGUGAUGGUGGGUAGUACCCAGUUCUUGGCCCAUCGUGCGGUGCUGGCUUCCUGCAGCCCAUUCUUUCAGCUGUUCUACAAGGAGCGGGAACUAGACAAGAGGGAUCUGGUGUGUAUCCAUAAUGAGAUUGUCACAGCCCCAGCUUUCGGGCUGCUCCUGGACUUUAUGUAUGCUGGCCAGCUGGUCCUGAGGGGGGAUACCCCUGUGGAGGAUGUGCUGGCUGCUGCCAGCUACUUGCACAUGAAUGACAUUGUCAAAGUGUGUAAGCGGCGGCUGCAAGCCCGGGCCCUGGCAGAGGCGGAUAGCACCAAGAAGGAGGAGGAGAGCAACUCACAGGCUCCUGGUUUGGAGUUUUUGUCCAGCACGUCCAGGGGCCCCCAGUCUUCAAUGGCAUCUGCUGAGACAUCAAUCCACUGGGGCAAAGGUGACUGGAAAGGCCCUGCUGCUCCCUCACCUACUGUCUGUUCUCCAGAGGAGCCACCAGUGUCUGGAGGGGCUGACACUACACAGCCGGGUGUGGAGGUUGACUCAUCGCAUCUGCGGGCGCGUGCCCCACCAGUGGCUGAUGUCUCUCUUGCCAGCCCCAGUAGCUCCACAGAGACUGUUCCUGCAAACUACUUCCCUUCUGGACCCCCAGCAGUUUCAGUGGAGCCACUGGCUCCCCUCGAUGUGGGUCCUGAGGGUCUGAGGGUGGUGGAACCCAGGGCUCCUGGUGGACUGAUGCAAGGUUUCUACCCCCCAGCUUUGGCUGCAGCCCCAGUCCCAGCCCCAGCUCCAUCCCAGGCGCCAGCCCCAGUGGAAGCUGAGUUGGUCCAGGUAAAAGUAGAAGCUAUUGUGAUUUCCGACGAGGAACCUGAGUUGUCAGAGGAACAGCCCCAGGGUCCCGAGGGACUGUUCCCACCUGGCGCAGCAAUGUAUGUGGGACAGGCGUCCCAGCCGGAGACAUUUGAGGAACCAAGGGCAGUAGGACUGGAGGAGGCAGGACCUAGUGACCAUUUCCUGCCUCCUGACCCUCAUCUGCCCUACCACUUGCUACCAGGUCCAGGGCCGUAUCAUCGGGGACUGGUGACCUCACCCCUGCCUGCUCCCCCAGCCCUGCACGAACCACUUUAUUUGCCUUCUGAGUAUGAAGCUGCCCCAGGAAACUUUGGAGUUUUUACCGAAGAUGUUCCCACUUGCAAGACAUGUGGAAAGACCUUCUCAUGCUCUUACACCCUCCGGCGACAUGCCACGGUACACACGCGCGAGCGGCCCUAUGAGUGCCGCUACUGUCUGCGCAGCUACACGCAGUCAGGGGACCUAUACCGCCAUAUCCGCAAGGCUCACAAUGAGGACCUGGCCAAACGCAGCAAACCAGAUCCAGAGGCGGGCCCCCCCGGAGUGCAGCCCAUUCCUGGCUCUCCUGCAGCAGACAAACAGAGCAAUGGUGGUGGGGGGCCACCCAAAGACUUUGUACAUGGCCCCAAAAACUAAUACCCUGGGAGCAUGAACGGAUGCUGGGCCUGUUCUUGCCCUCACUAGGGGGCUUCACAGAAGGUCAGAAGCAUCUCAUUUACCCCACUGGGUGACAGAGGGAAGCUUCUGCCCAGGCUGAAGUCUCCUGCACUCUUCUUUACCCAGCCAGAUAACCAACCUUCAUGGGGCAAAGCAUCAUUCAGGUGCUGUCCAGGGGCAUGGGAAUUUUCCUGCUCUAAUCGCUACUCACUGCACAUUCUGGACCAUAAACCUAGUGAAAAUAUCUCAC